AUGGUGCCUUCGCCGGAAGUAAGUCCAUCGAUUGAUGCCACGUCCAAAGGGGACGAAGCUUUUCGUUUUGUCUCUAUCCAGGAUCCCGGUGAAGCCCAAAGCCGUGCUAUUCAGCGUUCUGUACGCUCUCAUGCCGUCAAGCAGGCCUUGCAAAAGAAAAGGCGACAAGAACAAGCCGCCAAUCAGAAUUUCAGAACAGCAUCCACGCAGGAACGAGCGGUGCAGACCGAUCCUCUGGUCUCAUCACCAGCGGAGGCUAUUGAGCCUGUUUUCGGACUCGGAGAUGAUGCAAACUUCCAAACUUUUCGCUCAGUUUUCCGAGCGGGCGUCGACGACCUCGCUUUGUUGAACGCUGUCUUGUUGACAACUACUUUCGCAACCUCGGGCAACAGGCUGGGUGGCCAAAGUCUACACCAUCAAGCGGAAACUUUCAAAGCACUAAGACGGCGCAUUAGUGAUCAUGACUCGACUUCUAUCGUGUCGACAAUAGGUGCCAUUCUUCUGCUUGCAGGGAUCGAGAUUCGUCUAGGUAUGAGGUCAGAAACUGAAAUACACCUUACAGCCGUGAUGACACUGCUCCGAUCAACGAGCUCGGAGCGACUGCUUCUGACAGAUGGUAUCAAGCGUGCUAUUUUCUGGCAAGACUUGUAUGCUCAUCUUGUCACGUCGACCACUCGUGCUGUCAACCACCAUACCUUUCACGAGAUGCUCUGGCACCGAGAUGCUCUUGCUCCCGAAAUCUUCGUGCUUCCUUCCGGCUUCCAGUCCAGGGUGGAUGUACUCGGAGAGGAACUCACCAGAGUUUUCGAGGAUAUCCACGCCUUAAAGAUGAUCCGUGAUUCCGCCGUUUACGAUCCCGAGGACACAGCGUCGAUGGUCGAUAUGGACAACCAGCAAGCUUCAGUACAGUCGAGACUGUGCGGCCUGCCAGGUCUUUCCCCACUUGCAGAAUUGUGUCGACUAGCAGGGUAUCUUACUGCAAGCCUGCUUUGCUGUAAGAUCUGGCGGCUGUCAUUGGUUCCGAACCAUGUUUCAGCACAAAUGUUGCAAGCCGGUCGUCAAGUCGACGAUUCCAUCUGGACGGGGCAUUUUGACUUGCUGGCGUGGCUGCUUUACCUGGGAGGCGCUCUUGCUGCCCCGGGUAUCGUUCGCAAAGACUACAUACUGCUAAUUCGACGUCAGCAUGCCUCCAAACUGGCAACACUGAUUCGCUCAUGGAGUGACCUGGUCGCAAUUAUGGAGCAGUUCAUCUGGUCAGAAAAAGCCAUUUCUCCACUGAUCCAAAUGUUCUGGGAGGAGGUACAAUCAUUCAGAAAGUGA